CCGCGGAGUGUCCGCGCUCAAGCUGCCCGCGGCGGCUCCGGCGACUCCCGGCGGCUCCGGUGGCGGCGCCGUUUUCCUGCCCGCGCUUCUCCCGGACGCGCGGCUCGGGCGCCUCCCGCUGCGGCGCGGCUCCCCCGCCGCUCGGGCUCCGGCGGCGGCGCGGCUCAUGCCCCCGGGCGCGGAGCGCGCAGGUGGGCCGGCAGCCGCGGGGAGAUAGGCCCCCGGAGGCGGCUGCGGCGGCGGGACCAUGGCCCGGAGACCCGCGGCGCCGGCCGCGCACGGGGAGGAAUUCUCCUUCGUCAGCCCGCUGGUUAAAUACCUGCUCUUCUUCUUCAACAUGCUCUUCUGGGUGAUUUCCAUGGUGAUGGUGGCCGUGGGAGUCUACGCUCGGCUGAUGAAGCAUGCAGAAGCAGCCUUAGCCUACCUGGCAGUGGACCCUGCCAUCGUGCUGAUCGUGGUGGGCGUCCUCAUGUUCCUGCUCACCUUCUGCGGCUGUAUUGGAUCCCUCCGAGAGAACAUCUGCCUCCUGCAGACGUUCUCGCUCUGCCUCACCAUUGUGUUCCUGCUGCAGCUGGCUGCUGGGAUCCUGGGCUUCAUCUUCUCAGAUAAGGCACGGGGGAAAGUGAGUGAGAUCAUCAGUAAUGCCAUUGUGCACUACCGAGAUGACUUGGACCUGCAGAACCUCAUUGAUUUUGGGCAGAAGAAGUUCAGCUGCUGUGGAGGGAUUUCCUACAAGGACUGGUCCCUGAACAUGUACUUCAACUGUUCAGAAGACAACCCCAGCCGUGAGCGCUGCUCUGUGCCUUACUCCUGUUGCUUGCCUACCCCCAACCAGGCAGUGAUCAACACCAUGUGUGGCCAAGGUAUGCAGGCCCUUGAAUACUUGGAAGCUAGUAAAGUCAUCUACACCAAUGGCUGUAUUGACAAAUUGGUCAACUGGAUACACAGCAACCUCUUCUUAGUCGGUGGUGUGGCACUGGGCCUAGCCAUCCCCCAGCUGGUGGGAAUCCUGCUCUCCCAGAUCCUAGUGAAUCAGAUCCGCGAUCAGAUCAAGCUACAGCUCUACAACCAGCAGCACCAGGCUGACCCAUGGUACUGAGAAUUCAUCCUGCACCUCCUCACUAUGGUGACAGGCAAGCCUCAUCAACCAGAAGCAAUGGGCAUAGCACCAAGUGGAUUCCAGCCCCCCCAGCUGGAAGGAUGCACCUCCUCUCCCCAUCCUAGCCCUCAGCAUCACUAGUUAUUUUAUAUUGUUUCUAAUCUUACUCAUUUGGGUUUAUGUUUUUUUUAAGUUUUGUCUUAGCAGAGAUGUUUGGGAAACAGCUGUUGCAGAGUCCUGGGGGUACUAGGUGCUGCUUUUCACCAAGGCACUACAACCAACAGCUCUACUAGGGCUGCUCCUAAGCAUGACGGACUACUCAGAUUCCGGCUGUUGCCAGCAAGACCUGGCUGGAGUCCAGUUGGCAUGAUACCAGCUCCAGAAGGGAAGGGAGUGGAGCAGGCAGUGAGCUUGGGGGUCGGCUGGGGACAGUUGUAUGUGUUGGGUAGGAGUAGAAGGCACUAUGUUUACUAAAUGUCUGCCCUGCCAUCUUCCCAGGUAGUCAGAGUGAGCUACAUCCUGCCUCUCCCUCAUUUCCAUGGAAACAUGGCAGCAAGGGCAAGAGGUACAAGAGCAGCCAAAUUCAUCCCUCCCCACCUCCUUUGAAAAGUGUUUGGAACCAUGGUCUCUAUAUUCUGCAGCCAGCAGAGGUGGGACUGAGUGAUACAUGCCCUUGAAUUCCUCCCCAGUCUGGCCCUCCCUCUCCAGCAAGUGGGGUUUCUUUAACCUUGGCAGUGUGCAGAGGAGGUAAGGUAACAGGCGCCUAUUCCUCUGGACCGGAGCUCAGUAUUUCCACAGUGUAAGAAGCAGGGAUCUUGUGGGGCUGGGGAGCCAGAAAUGGCAAUAAGAGUUUGUUCACCUGGGCAAAGCUGGACUCCAUGUAUUUUUUCCAUUCUGGCAAUUAGAAAGGGAGGGGUAGAAGGGCCUAGCUGGUCGGCCCUCUCUCCAGGAGGGGACCGUGGACUCCCCUAAAGGCCACUGUACCUCCCGGGCCCCUUGAUUCGCCCUAUCAGAUGCACUUACUUACCCUCCUCCCACAACCCCGCCGUCUCCGGUCUAAAUUAGGUCGAAAGAUUCUCAGUUGUGAUCUGGGAAUGCGUAAUUUUAUCCCCAAACCUGACCUUAAUUUUUUUCUGAACUAAAGUGAAUUACAGUUAAUUUGCCACCCAGAACUUUUAGGAUGGGUUAGGGAAGGACGUGUCUGGAAAUCAGAGUCUAGCACUGUCUCCGGAGCUGGGGGGAGGGGGGAGGCGGGGAGUGCUGGUUAGGGGAACAAGGAGGAAGAACGUCAUCUCUUCACCCCCACUUUGGCCGCUCUAGCCCCCUCCUCCAUCUUUAUCUGAAAGAGCUGGGUACCAGGCCCAUCUUGCUUUGGGGAGGCCCCAGAAAAAAUCUCGAGACAAGCGCGAGGCUUCCUCGCGCCAAGAGGAGCGUGCGAGGGCGUCAAGCCGGGAGGCCGGGCGGGCGCUGCGCUGGGCGGGGCCGGGGCGGGGUCGCGCGGCGCCGUGGGUGGUCCCCGCCCCCGCGGCUGCCAGCCGGCGCCUCCGCCCCUCGCCCGGGAGGAGCUGGGGGACGGGUUGCGAGGGGACGGGGGCGGGGCUGCGUGUCCCGCUUCCCGGUGAGCGUCCCGCGAAGGCUCCUGGCCGAUCGCUGCUGUCGGGGGGCUCAGAGUAGGGGCUUGGGCUGGCCAGAGGAAGACGAGAGAAUCCCUUCCGCGCCGCGCUGGAGCGUCGUGAGUGCUCCCAGCCCCCAGCCUCUCCUACGCGAGCCUUCUGCUCCUGGGAGGGCGCCUUUCCAGCAGCCGCCUGGGGCCCCAGCCAAUGUUUAGUUCCAGCUAGUAACAGAACGGAAAGAAAAAAUAAAAUCAUCACAAAUAAAGAAUUAAAA